UUCGGAAUUUAUAAUUUUCAUUAAAUUGUAUAUAGUAGUCAGUUAACAAUGUGUUAUAAAAUAAGAUAGAUUUUUACCAUAUUCAUAUAUGUAGAAGUUUAUUGAAAAUUGUGUUGAUGUUCAAUGUGUACCUGCUUCGUAGAAAAUCGAUUUCGUAUACAGAAGCUAAACAGUCGGAUAAUCGGUUGUCAUUUGACUCUCAAAUAGAAUCUAAGCAUAGUUUCACCUCGCAAGUAGAUCGUCUCUCGAGGAGUUCGACAGUUCGUCGUCAUUCGGCUCGACGUGAAAACGUAAGGAGAAAGAAUCUCUCUUUCUCUCUCUCUCAUAUUCCGUUUGCUUUUUUGCUUAUUUCUUUUUUUUGCGCGUGAAAUACGAUGCUUUAUAACGUGAAUUCAAACGAUGAGGGACAAGGAGAGAAACUUUGGACGAUAUACGCGUGGUGGGCCAGCGUUCUAAUAUUGAAGAUGAUGUCCUUGACUUGGAUUACAGGACGAGUUCGCGUUGCCAAACAGGUGAUACACAGCGAGGAGGAUAGGAUGUGGAUGAAAAGAAAUCACGUGAUCCUGUGCCCAAGUGGCGGUGGACAUCCGGCAGUGGAUCGUAUCAGGAGCGCUCAUUACAAUGAUCUAGCGAUCGUUUUACCUUAUCUCUUGAUCGUACCCAUUUGGUUGAAUACCUCGCCAUCUUUUUUCUCAACUAGAGCGAUAAUGCUUUGUUUUGCCAUCAGUAAUAUUUUCUCGACUUUGAUGCAUUUGGAAAUAGUCGAGACACCUAAUAUUUGUCGAAUACUUUCUCGAGCUUGCUGUACCUCCAUUUUGGUUUAUAUUUGUAUCUCUUGUAUGGCACGAUACUUAAUUGUCAUUUAAAAAUUUGAUAGCAUAUACGAAUCGUACAGAUGUGUUUUUAACUACUUGCUCUACGGAUGCUCUAUCUGUAUCUUUUUCUCUUUCUCUCGAUGAUUAACAAUUGUAGGAUAAUUUAAUGUAA